AUGGAACGUAAACUUAAAUCUAUGACAGAAUCAGAAUCAACGAGUGAGGUAGAAGGCAUAAAAAGUUUAUCAGAAGAAAGAAUGCCGGCAAUAGAGGAAAAUAUCGAUAAUCGAGUUAUGGAAGCUUUGGGAAAAAAUCCAACUUCAUCAAAGAAAGAAGGGGAUGAAGUACACGAAGAGAUGGCUGUAAGGUGGAAAAAUUAUUUAGUUGAAGGUAUUCAUAAAGAGGUGAGGGAGCAGUUAGUUCAAAAAUAUCCCAAAAAUUGUACCAAUUUAAAACCAUCAACUUUAAAUCCGGAAAUUGAAGAUUUUGUGCUUUCUCAAAUUCAAUCGUAG